GUUAGCAACCGCUAGUGUUAGCUUAGCAUCACGAGAGGCCUUCGCUUGCAAACGAUGUAACCAAUUUUACAGAUGGUUUUUAUUGGAAAUGCUAGGACGUUCGAGUUAUUUAUAAAACUGCAGUAUUAUGUACUCACUGCGAGUUCUUGUUUCCGUUUCACCAGUUCGGCGAGCUCCCGGCGGGUGUCCGGGAUCUGCGGCGGAGUCGCCUUCGCAUGCAUCGCCAUGAUGGAUCGAGCUAUCUGGGAACAAAACAGAGGCGGGCGGGUAUAAAAUGCCUGUUGUUGUGGGUUUUUGCCGGUAGGUGGCGCUAUGGGACUGCGUUCGGACGUCCACCAUAAGCCAAAUCACAGUUUUAUCGUCGCCAUAGCAACACAAUCUGCGAGACGUGAACGGUAACGUUAAAGAACCAUGGGGGACGUGUACCGAGGAAAUGAGAGUGAGUGUAAGUCACAAAAAUGUGUUUUUUCAGCCUUAAAACUUAACAUGACAGAUGUUUUUUUUUUCAAUUACAGCAGAUGAGACCCCGACUCACUCCGUCCCAUCAAUUCCCUCAAAACACCAACGAGUGGUGAUAGUAAACCAAGAGAGGAAGAAAGGGUUUUUAACUCAAGCCAAAAGGUUUCCUUCACAAGACUCUCUGGUAGGAGACCUGAACUCUUGAAAAUAUGUACUCCUCUAUAACAUGUUUAUGAAUACAUGGACUAUCUAAUGCAUAAUGUUUUGUUUUUGGCACAGAGGGAAAAUCCAGGACCAGCCAGUUAUGACUGUGUCUUCAAUGCUGAAAUCCAAAGUCCUUCCUUUUCAAAGAAAGGGACCACAGGCUUUGUUGUGUCCAAGGUCAGGCCCCAGUCACUGCACUGAUUUGAGGUUUCUUCAAAGCAGGACCAGUGAGACAGAAAGACUACAGGCCACAUUGAACAAAUAUUUGUCCUCUCGUCCCUCACUUUGAUUCAAAGAACAGGCUUAUAUCUAAAAUUUAGAUUUCUUGUCUUCAUGUUUCAAAUCAAGCUUUAUUGUAGCCUGAGGAUGAAUCUCAUUUACCUGGAGCUCCUUUAACCUUUUUUUUGUUUGUUUGGCUGUCAUGUUUGCACAGUUAAUUUGGCACUGACAACAAAGGAUGUCACUUUCUCUGUACUACAAGCAGAUUUAGAUCUUGUACUGUAAAAUAUAAAAACUUCCUUGUUUUGAAAACUACCACUCACAUUAAUCUCACUCUCGCUUAACAGAAAAUAUUAAUGCCCUACUCAUCUGAUGUGUAUAUGUAAUAUAGCUGAUGCAAAGUGAUCACAUUGAUCCUUUUCUUAUCCCUCUAUUCAGCCAUUUUCAUGGCACUUUAUCAGGUUGAAAAUAGUCUUUGUGCUUGUUUUAUCCCAGCUAUGUUAUGGUUUUGCCUCAUACCCCUCCACAGUAAACACCUGAAUUGAUCAGCUUAAUUAAAAUCAUACAGUGGCAGACUUUGCAAUAUCAGAUAAAACCCUUAAAUUGCCCAAAUAACCUGUGUCAUGAAUGGAUGAAACCUGUAGUUUAUGCUCCUUGAAUGGAGUUUAGAUUCUGCAGUGGUAAUAGAGUGCUCUUCAUUCAAUCCUCUCCUUCAGACUGCCAGACCUUCCAGCUACCUACAGCGAGGCAUCCCAGGACCAAACGCAUACAAUCUGCAAAGUUCCCUCAUCGACAAAUAUGACUUCAAUUUAGGAGUGUCCAGAGUGUUCAGGCUGCCUGUGGCUGUGAAAGUGGAGAAUACCAAGAACCUCACACCCGCACCAAAUCAGUAUGAUGUAUGGUGUAUGCUCUUGAUGGCUGGUUUCUGAGACGUGUUGUGCAUUUUGUGGCUGAUGUGAAUCUUUCUGUUGGUUUGACAGGUCAGUUAUCGCAGCAGAGAGAGAUCGUCCUCUGUGGUCGGAACAUCAACUUUCCUGUCGAAAACCAGACGUGGCAUCUGUACCGCAAACAAAGAUGCACCAUCACCAUGUAAUUCACCAUGACUUUCUAUAAAUACUCUUAUUUCAAAAAAGUGCAUGAUUUUUAAUUAGGAUUUUCAAUCUUUGCUUCUUUGUCACAUUUUUCUCAGUCUUAAUCCAUCAUUACUUUUCUGAAAGGUCAAUAUGAUGUGAGCAUCCAGACCUGCUCCAAGGUGAUCUCAUCUCCCUUCAGAUCCAAAACCCAGAGAAUCCCUGCUCCAGUGGAGAAGUGUACACCUGGCCCAGGAGCCUACAGCCCCCAUCAGGCCCCUACACCUGUGAAGAAGACCUUCAUACCGUAUGCAAACAAGAUAUAUAUAUAUAGCUUGCUUUAUUUGUUUUGAAUUAUUUCUCUUCACUGAUCUAAAGAUGUGAAUUCUGCUUCGUGUUUUUAAAGGAGAGGACAGUAUUCAACCAAAGCAGGUCCUGCUCUGAUAGUUCCCAAAGACCCUCCCAUUCCAGGCCCAGGCCACUAUGACAUCAAUGAUUACAGAGGCCUGUCUAAGCACCCCAUGCCCUCGGCUGCAUUUGCAUCAAAAACUGAAAGAACCUUCCAGAACUUAAAGGCCACUGUGAAUCCAGGACCAGGUAACACCUAAAGAAAAUAAUUACUGUUGAAAAUGCACAUUUUGGUCCUUAUUCAAAUAAUUUAGGAACUUAUAUGACUGAAAGAAUAAAAACUAUCAAGGUUAACUGUCUUCUUUUCUCUUUCCAGGUUUCUAUGAUCCUCAGAUUUUGUCAAAGCAGUCCUUCAUUUACAGUGACCCCAAAGUCUGGAUUCCUGUAUGAAGCUGUCCAAAAAGACUCCCCUACAGGUACCACCUAAACUCAUAGGAACUGUCAUUCUCUAUAUUAAAAUGCUUUAAUGCAGGGUAUGCUCCUCUGUGUUUAUGUGAAGAAAAAGCAUAAAAAUUUAAUGUUUGUGAGCAUCUAGCUCCUGCCUCUAUCCCUCUGUAGGAUAAUAAGUUGUAAAGCUGUUAGGAUAUCCCUGAAGAUGAUUCAUAUUCAGCAUUAUUCACAGUGGGAUUGCCCAAACACUGAAAAAGCCAUUCAUUUUAACCUCACUCCAGUUUCCCGAUGCUCUAAUCUGUCUAUGAUAAAGCAGCGAGUGUUGCUGCAGUAGCAAACAGCUGCUGGUGCAGUCGGUGGUUCGCCACAGUAACAGCUGAGAGCUUGAGAUGACACCACUGCGCCAACUGCUGCAGGGCAGGCAGAGGGGUGGAGUGUGACUGUGUAUGUGAGCAAUGUGACUGACUGGGCAUGAGGCAGGGGUGGAGAGACAAAUGGACACAUCGGUUACUCCCUUUAUCAGAUGUUAGAUUAAUACAAAAGUUUGUGUAACUCUUUUCUGACCCAGAAAACAGUUGGUAAUUAGUAGAUAUAUUAUGAGUUUGGAUUGAUUGUCUCACAUGUAGAGACUGUAAUCAAUAUUUUCAUCACAAUAAUGUAUCAAUGAGGAUGUAAAAGGGGUCAGUGGUUGUGAACCUGGAUAGACUUUCACCUAAAUUUGUGGCUUUGUUUGCCUUCAGAGAGAUUUGCCAAUUAAGCCCACUGUUUUCAUACUACAUUAUAAAAACACUACGCACUUUUUUUGCAAGGGCAGUGCCCAUGUUCUAAAUAAAACUAAUGAAACUGUGCAUUUUGAGAAUGUAGCGUCCAGAGUUUUAUGUGCCAGCUGAUUGUUCUCGCUGCCUUUAAAGCACUUUCAUUAAUAGUUCAACUUUUGGAUCACUAA